AUCUCUGAAAGAAAAAACAGUUUUUGGUAUUUAGGACAUUACUUUGCAAAAGAACUCUGAAUUCACGUCAGGUUUUUGGACUAAGUAUUCUUUAUAAUUCUAAACUAUUGUACCCGAUUAGGUCCUUGGAAGUCUCAGCCAAUGGAAAAAAAUGAAAUCUGUUCUGGCAAAAUAUUCUGUUUCCCAAGAGUUGGCAACUCUGGUUAUCUAGUCUCAUGAGUAAGCACCACUUCACGUUACCUAGUUAUCGACAAAACAAGUGGCGGUAAGGUUGCAAUCUUGAGCUAGUUAUCUAGUCGUGAUCCUUACAUAUCUUUGCAAUGUGGGAUUGCAGAGCAGCAUAAUAUUAUAUUUCACUGAGGACAGUUCAAGUUACAGCGAACCCUUAAACGUUCCAAGCCUUUUCCUCUGACAAAGUGGAAUGCGGAUAGAAUUCGUAUUUCACGUAUCGAGGUGCACUCCAAACGGGGCUUGGGCUCCUGCUGUAGUGUAUGCCGGGAAUUGUAGUUUGGCGUCCAUUUGCCCCCGUGGAAGGUGCGGCUGGCUUGAGAGCUUCUCUUGCAACGCUGGGACCGAGGUUGAGGGGAACACACAGCGAGUCCUCGGGGAAGGUUUAUUGCCGCGAUCUGUCGCCUGAAGACAGACCGGUGGGGUCGGACCAGCCAGGUCCCAGAAGCAAGCGGAGAGGCGGAGUCGUGCUGACUGGGUCCCGCUCGAGGCUCGCUUCUCCAUCUCUGCCUCGCUUAGCGCGAGGGCGAUUCCCGGCAGUGCAGGCCCGGCUUCCCCUUCCCCGCACUGAGGCGGCUCCAUGCGGCUGGCGGCCUCUUCCACCUCCUCACACUCCUCCGCAAGAGGCAGGGCGAGAAGGCGGCCUCCGCCCGCGAGCGUCCCGAGGGGGCCGCCGUCCUCGGCCUGAGAGGGACCCCCGUUUGAAAGGAGAAAGGAUGGCGAACCAGCUGGUAGUCCUCAACGUCUACGACAUGUACUGGAUGAAUGAAUAUACUUCCUCCCUUGGAAUUGGAGUAUUUCACUCAGGAAUUGAGAUAUAUGGCAGAGAAUUUGCUUAUGGUGGUCAUCCAUAUCCUUUUUCUGGAAUAUUUGAAAUUUUACCAGGCAAUGCAUCUGAAUUAGGAGAAACAUUUAAAUUCAAAGAAGCUGUUGUUCUUGGAAGUACUGACUUCAUGGAGGAAGAUGUAGAAAAAAUUAUAGAAGAACUUGGAAAAGAAUUUAAGGGAAAUGCUUAUCAUUUAAUGCACAAAAACUGCAAUCACUUUUCUUCAUCUUUAUCAGAGAUUCUCUGUGGAAGAGAGAUUCCUCGCUGGGUCAAUCGUCUUGCCUAUUUCAGUUCCUGUAUUCCUUUUCUCCAGAGUUGUCUACCAAAAGAAUGGCUUACACCUGCUGCCCUUCAGUCUAGUGUAAGUCAAGAGCUUCAGGAAGUCCUAGAAGAAGCAGAAGAUGCUGCAACAUCAGCUUCUCUGCCAAGUUCAGCAUCAGGAGCGAGAACUGGCCAUCAUGCUAAAAUAUAGGUUUAAUCCAAAGUUGUUAUUUUGGAAGCUUUUUCAAUAACUGGCUUCCCAUAUACAAUAGUAAAUAGACAUUUUAUGAUGUCUUUGGUUUGUAAUUAGAGAACUAAUUCAAACCCAUGGUGUUCUGCUCAGGAUUUUACAUAUAAUGGGAAAAGUGUCUUGAUGAAAUGGAAAGAACUCGAGAAGAACUCAAAUGCAAUCUUCAUUUUAAUCUAAUCAAAUGACUUGGACUAAUUGAGCAGACGUUAAACUGUUUACAGUAUUGUGUGCUGCUGUUUACAAAUCCCCGAGGGAUAUCAGCCAUUAAAAGAAAAUGAAUAAAUUCAGUACAGCCUGCAUAACUUCAUCAACAUCAGUGGAAGUACAGUAAUGGUCAAUGUUCCUUGCUACUGACUUGGAAUAAAAUAGGUUAGAGUAUGCCUCUUCCAACUCUUGUUGGUAUACAAGGAACUAGUGAAUACUACGUGUAAACAGGGUACAGAAUUAUCAAUACAAAGAAUUUUGUCUAAGAAAGAAAGAGUCUUACUAUUUAGCAGAAAUGUUCCUAAAAUGUACCUUCUAUGUCAUUUUUUUUCAAUUUACAAUGAGCAAAUUUAUAUUUUAUUACAAAUAUAAGUGCAUUCUUUUGGGUGAUAAAUUGCAGUCAUUUUAUUUCAAUUGCCUCAUGCUUUUAUCUGAUUUGUAGAUAUGAAAAAUCAUUCUGAAAUUUUCAGAUAAUAGUGCCUGUUUCACAUAUCAUUUAAAAUCUGAACUUUUAAGAUGAAUACAAAUAGAACAGAUAAAUUACAGAUUCAUAUAAACUUGUAGACAACUUAAUUUAGAACAUGGUAAAUAAUAGGUCAUUUGGAAACAAAAUGUGGAUUAUCCAACAGAUGUAAAGUAUUGUUAAAUAGAAUUCCAAUUUAGAAACUCCAAGAGAAGUGACAGUUGUAAUUGCCUUUCUCAGCAGCCAGAUUCAAACAAAGAAACCAAAUGCUUUAUCCAGCUCACUGGUUUUUGCCGAAUCAAUGAGUGUUUUAGAUGAAUAAGUUACAGACAUUUGUGUGCCAUUAAAAAGCAAUAUAUACUGUGUGAACUACAAAAAAAUCAGUUACAAAAAUAUUAGAGGAAUACCUUCUAUUCAACGUGUUCUGUUGAUGUGAUUUCACUGGGGUAGGGAUUAACAAUAGUACUGGCAUCUAAUUGAAAUUGGGUUCAGAUUUUUCUAAGAACCUUCCAAAUAUAUGGAAAGUAAUGAACUGGAAGCUGUGUUUAGACCAAGUCUUUCCAAGGCUUGCAUUAGUGAAGAACAUGAAUUCUUGUUAUUUUGACAGGCUUGCUAUUAUUACUUGUCUUAAUUGAGAAUAGCUCAAUUAAGCUAUUAGCUGUUCUUCUAAUAACAUCAUUUUAUGCUCCUUUGUGGAUAUGUUUACUAUUGCAAACAAUACUCAGGUAUGUAACAUCAUCCUGGUGGAAGUAAAAAAAAAAUCAUCUAAAAUGAAUAUUAAAAUAUUACAUAUUGUAGCCAGUCCUUUUAAUAAGCAAAUAAAUUAUCUUACUAUGUUUAUGAGUUAACCAGAGUAACUUUUACUGGUUAAUCUCAAAUAUAUCUAAUAUUUCAAAUAUAUCUAAGUCCCAUAGUCUGUGUUCUUUAACCAAUAAUCGAAAUUGGGUUUCUGAGAACAUACUUUUAAAAUCAUAAAAUGUUUCUUUGUAAAUUGAGAAUGGGAUAAUUUGGGUUUUCAACUAAUAUGGAAAAAAGAUUUCCUAGUGUGGGUCUCCAUUUAUUAAGGAAGUUGACAUGUUAACAAAGUAAACUCUGCUCCUAAUUAUCCAUAUGCUGAUGGGUAGCAAUUUCUCCACCCCUUUCAAGGAAGGGUGAUGCAUGUAUUUCUUGACAUUAUUUACCAGUGCCAUGAAAUUUUACCCAUCCAGAGUUGCUGGAACUAGCUUUAUCUCCAUCAAAUUUCUAUAAAGUAACUGGCUUUAUUAAUGACAUAAUUAUUUGAUAUUUUGUGUCUUUAUGGUUGUCCACAACUACAGCAUGUAAGGCAGGCAUGUCAAACUCGCAAUGUCACAUGACGUCGCACAACGUAUCGGGCCGGUUUUGCCAUUGCCAGCAAUGGGGUGGGCGUGGCUUCCACAUGAUGCGUCCGGCCCACGGGCUGGCAGUUUGACACCCCUGAGUAAAGAAUGCAAGGAAAUACAUGGCAUACUAAGUAGAAGCAAUUCUUUAAUAACAUGGUAGUUUAUUCUGAUUUUAUUGAACUUUUCUAUUAUACAUAUUGUGGCAUUUUAUAGUGACUGUAUGUCCACCAACAGCUGAACUCUGAAGCUGCUAUAAUAUCUUAGGGAAUGAUGGGAGUUCUAUAACUUAUCACGUGUGCUAUAUCAAUUCUACACUUGAUUCCUUGAACAACCUGCCAAAAUCUGCUUUCCUAACUAGCAACAGUUGAAGGUAUGUUUCACCAGCAUUACUACUCAGCAGGGAAUGCACUUCUCCCAGUAGCCAUAGUGUGCAUUAAAAACACUUUCUACCUAUAAUACUGGAUAUCUCAACCUUAAAGAAAAACGGGUAGAAUAAAUACAUUUUGGGUUCUCUGAUCUGCCCAAUUUCUAUUUUGUUUCUUAUCAAAGAGAAUACUGUAGCUGUUUGGUGUUUUGUCUUAUUAAAGCCAUUUUAAAGAUACCAUUCAUAUUUAAGAUCAAAAAUUAAUUGCCAAUAAAUGUCAGACUACACUACUUAACUGGAUGGUUUCAGUAUAAAAAUAUGGUGAGGUUCUUCUUGAAUACAUGCAAUACAACUCUGUUAACAACUGAUGUUCACUUUUAGGUGGUUAGUUUUCACCAACACAUUUUUGUAAACUAAAGAUAGGUUUACUGUAAUGCAUAGUAUUUGUAUGAAAAAGCAGAAGCUGUUGACUUUUGUUACAUUGUCAUGUUUGACUGUUAUAAACUUGAAUCCAUUAAUUUAUUAAAAAAGUGUUUU